AGAGUUAACUAACGCAGCUUUACUUGAAACACGGAGUAUUCCUGAUUUACUACAGCCUGCAGAAAAGCCAUGGACCCCUGCUUAAGAAAGACUACCAAGCCAAUGAAGCCAGUGGCAGGCAUGAAGAGAUCUAAACUUCAGGAGGCGUUGACUGGAGGUGUUAAGAAGAUGAAAUCAUCAACUCCUUCUGAAACCCUGGUCAACAAGACUCUGUCGCAGCCGGGAUCCUCUUCAUCUGCCGCCAAGACUCUUUCGCAGCCAGGCAAGACUCUGUCGCAGCCGGGAUCCUCUUCAUCUGCUUUGUCUGACGAUGCAAAGAAAACAACUACAAUAUCAACUCAAUCUUCCCUUGCCGCCAAGACUCUUUCGCAGCCAGGAUCUUCUUCUGCUUUGUUUGAAGAUAGAUUGAAGAAACCUUCUUCUGGUAACACUUCGUCGAAGAAACGGUCUGAUUCAUCGUCUUCCUCUUCUUCUUCUUCGUCAUCAUCUUCCUCGUCUUCUUCAUCGUCCUCGUCCUCUUCUUCUACGUCAUCGCCCAAAAAUCAAACAAUUAAGUCCCCUCUAUCCAUGCUUCUCUCUCCCAUAAUUCUCUCCUUGCUAUCUCCUAUUAAAUCUCCAGAAAAGCCAUCCACUCCCAAACGUAAGCCAUCUCCAAAACCUCAACCACAUAGCCUAACUCUUCCUAAUUUAAAUUCCUCCUCGAACCAAAUGCCUGACAUAGAUUCUCCUGAAAUUACCAUUCCAAACCCCCCACCCAAAUCCCUCCCUGCUGCACCCACCGUUGUUAGAAAACUCUUUACUAAAACUGAAUCCUCAAAAGAAUCCCUUCCCCCCAUUCAAACCCUUCUGAAAAAUUGGUAA